AUGGCCAUGGCCUCUCAGAUAAUAGCUUCUUCUUCUUCUUCACUAACCAUUACAAAAUCUCAUCUCCUCUGUUUUCCUACUCUGCAAUCUUCCUAUAAAGCUUCAAAACCCAAUCUUUCUCUUCUGGGCUCUUCUCGUUUCUCUCCAUACAUUGGUUUAAAGCAUCUGGGCAUCUCAAUUUCGCCGAAAUCUUCGAACCCAGAGAAGAAGAGAAGAUGUAGUAAGGGUAUGACGGUUCGUGCGUCUCUGUUUGGCGUUGGAGCACCUGAGGCUUUAGUUAUUGGUGUUGUUGCUUUGUUAGUCUUUGGCCCUAAAGGCCUCGCUGAGGUAGCUCGAACUCUUGGAAAGACCUUGCGGGCAUUUCAGCCAACGAUUAGAGAGCUACAGGAUGUUUCAAGAGAUUUCAAAAGCACCCUUGAGCGUGAAAUCGGACUCGAUGAAAUCUCAACGCCAAAUGUAUACAACCCGAGCAGAACCAAUCCUAGUCCUCCUCCUUCACCAUCGGUUCCUAGUACUGAAGAUCCUGUGACUGCAAGUGACCCUACAGAUGAUGAUGCUCAAUCACCAAAAGCUUACACAACCGAGGAAUACCUCAAGAUCACAGAAGAGCAACUCAAAGCUUCGUCUAUAGGUAAAAGCCAAACAGAAGAUCAAAUUCAGACUCAAGAACCGUUAAAAACCACAGUACAAAGCCAGCCUGAAGGUACAACGAGAGAAACAACAUCUGCAUCUCCUCCAAGGCAAGAUUGA